AUGAAGUCAUCUUCCCCCUUUUUCAAUCCUGCAUGGAGUAAAGUAUCAACACCCACUGGCAGCACCUUCACGCUACCAGCCGAACGCAGCAACAGUAUGACGGGAAGUCCGGCAACUUUGCCCAUGAAUCCUACGAUCCGUUUUGGAAAUAGCCUUCCUGCUGCCGUUUCUGGUGAGACUGAUAUCAUUCCUACUGCCAUUGUUAUCAAGAAUAUUCCUUUCAACAUUAAGCGAGAGCAACUUCUUCAUGUAAUUCGUGACCUUGGUAUCCCUGUGCCUUACGCCUUUAAUUAUCACUUUGACCAAGGCAUUUUCCGUGGGUUGGCGUUUGCUAAUUUUCAUUCUCCUGUGGAAGCCAAUGAAGUGGUCAAUGCAUUAAAUGGUCUAGAGAAGAAAGACAUGUUGUUCAUCUAG